CCCUCCCGUCAUAAACUCCUUGGUCCUCAGUUCCUGUUUGAUUCUCAUGGCUGCAAUACCCGAGUGUCUCGUCAACUUGAUCAACGUCGAUUCAUCCACUCGGCCACAACCAACACACAACAACUCUUACCCACCAAGGACUUCCUCGACUACGAUCCAUUGCUAUCACCUCGCCUCACACCCAAUGCGAUAUAGUUGAAACCGAACUGUCAGCGAUUUUAGAAUUAUAAACAGCAACCAUGGAGAACACUCUCACCAGAAGCCAGAGCUUGAAGCCCCCGAGGCGCAAGCUUCAAAAAUCGGAUCCCAGACUCAAGUCGAAGCGUGGCUCUACAGAAUCCGGCCACAGCCUCGACGGUUCCUUGUACUCGCCAACACAUCGCCGUGUUUCGAACGGCGCUCCCGACUUGAGCGAUGCCAAGUGGAAUCACUAUCUCCGCCCCGAGACCGUGGUUGACCCAUGGUUCUCAGAGCCGGAAAUGCCGCCCGAGCCGCGGGGAUUCUUCAGAGAGCCGAGAGUAUCGCGGGCUUCCUCUCAACGCCAGAUCCCCGAGUUUUCGCACCUCACAAUCCAGGACCCAGAGAGGCGGCCCUCGCUUGAUAAUUCGUCGAUUUCUUCACCAGCAUCAUCAGCCUCAACAACAUCUACCAUGCGACGACAAGCCAAGACGCCCGUCUUCAAGAUUGGACAACUGGAGCAGCACGCACUGGCACGGAAGGGAUUGGAUGUGCCGGAAAAGACAACGAGUGUCGACCUCAUCGCUGAUCAGUAUCGGGAGCUCCUUGAAUCGAGGGACGGCUACUCCGAGCAUUCCUUCGGGAACUCUUCAUUCGACAACCACUCAUUCGAGCAUCACUUUGAAGAGCCCGGUCUAGUGCCGCACGAUACUCUUCAGGUACCUCGCAGCGAUCCGUGGAGAUUAAGCCCGUCAUCUUCACGCACCAACUCGCCUGCCCCGAUAGCUCCCCUUCGCCAGUCGAAGCUACGGACUCCAUCUGCUGCCACUCGAGACACCAACCUGGCGGCAUUUGAGGGGGAUACUAUUUACUUCAAGCCUUACUCGUUCUCUCCCCCGCCUUCUCCCGACCAGACUCCCCAGUACCGAUCAGCAACCCCCUCGGGUCACUCAUUCCAGGAGAAUGUCAGCCUGCAGAUCGCUCUCGAUCUGCUCACCAGGGAGCUCUCUUCCGUUGUCGCAGGCAGGCCUCAGCACAAUGGCCGCGACACGGCAGCGCUGCAGGUCUGGGUCAUGAUCGAAGCGUACGAGAGGCUCCGAGAUCAGGUCACGAGAAUCGAAUCACCAAACGGACGGUGCGAGAAGGUCGGGGCCAUGUUUGACUGUUGGUUGGCUGCUCUGUACUCGAUCCAUUCCUCACUGACGGGCGGGACACUGCCGAACCCGCAAGAGUAUGCAGGGCUAGAGGAGGAGGUGGAUUAGGUCUUGAGACAUGGGCUCAUGUGAUGCGGUGCCUUGAUGGAUUAACGUGCUUGGCGUAUUUUGGAAAGACGGGGUUGGCGUUUCUGUGUUUUGGGUGUGGUCAAUGGGUUGGGAACUGGCGGGGGACACAUGAAGCGGUCUGGACGGAAACGGCUGCAUAUGGGAUCGGAUCGGAUUGGAUACUGGAUACCUAGUUUAGAUACCUAGAGGGAAUUUCUUUCUCGAGCAAUUUGAUAUUUGACAUUUACACGC